GCAUUUUCAUGGUUUAUGAUUUGUUUUCCCCUGCAGUCCAACUUCAACCCUUUUUAUUGCCAAUGCCCAAUUAAUUGGCCCUCCUUGGGCUUAUCCUUCGACCGCUCUAGGUCUAACUCGUGGCUAACCGAACUGUUAAAUCUUGUAUCACAUCGUUCAAUCCCAAACCUUCCCCCCUUACCUACUACAUACCCGCCAUCUAUGGGUCGUUACUAUUUAUCAUUACCCUGUCGCUAACUCAAUUUCACUUUUUGCUCUUCUGGACUAUGCUUUGCUUGUCCUUGCCACUCUGCUAUCCUCUAGAAAAUCCACCAGCAUUGCAGGAUGACUCUGAAUACGGUCGCACUGAGUGUGGCCCUCACUCCUGCUGUGAUCUCGACAUUCUUCUCUCAUUACUUACAUCGCAAAUCACUCCGUCAUAAGCCAAAUGUGCAUAUCAGUUACGAUGAAGGUGUUCGAAUCUUCCGCGAAUUUCUCGCCUACGCUGCCAAACACUCCGUCGAGGACCUUCAAUCCUUUACGAGUCAGAGAGUCCCCAGUCCUCACUGGGUAAGGACGGAAACGGUGACCAUUCCCACCCAAUAUUUGUCAUCUGCCGCGACGGCCCUGAUUGAUCAAUUGGGACCAAAGGGGCUAUCGCAGGUGGGUGGGGAGAGGUGGUGGCAAUGGCGCGGACCAGUAGAUGAGCUGAACGGCGAAUGGGUGGAAAUGCGAAAUGAUUACAUUGAGAGGAAGCGAGCAAAAGGCGAUCAUCCCAGUCAAAAGCGUAUCAUGUUCUAUAUACACGGUGGCGCGUAUUACUUUGGGAGCCUGGAGACGCACCGGUACCAAAUGCAGCGUCAUGCCAGAAAGCUCAAGGGACGGGUGUUUGCACGCGCGCUAAAGCCUUGGAUUGUAGCGAUAUAUCGCCUAGCUCCGCAGUUUCCAUUCCCCUGUAGUCUGCAUGACUGCUUGGCUGCCUAUCUCUUCCUUUUAGCCGAGCAUAAACCUGAAGAGAUCAUUUUCGCGGGAGACUCUGCCGGAGGAGGAAUGGUGCUAUCCCUCCUAGUGGUUCUGCGUGACCAGGACCUUCCUUUGCCCGCGGGCGCAAUCUUAAUUUCACCUUGGGUUGACCUGACUCACUCCUUUCCGAGUAUAGUGAAAGACAACCCGGGCGACUAUAUACCGCCUUACGGUUUCAGACACAAACCUUCCGCCGCCUGGCCACCACCAAAUACGGACGAAAUGGAUGCCAUCAAGAAAGGUCUCGGGAAACGGCCUGCUGCAGAAAACGGUAGCCAAGAGGCCAUCCCGCCCAGCGGCAGUCAAGCCCAGGAAACUGCUGUGAAGGGAUACUCAGUUUAUGACAACCCGUCUGUCGAGGAACCUGUGAAUGCAGCAAACGAACACGAUAAUCUUAAGAUUCCUAUUGAUGGUAAGACUGUUGAGAUCAAGGAUCAGAUUCAGAUGUAUACGACCAAUCGGCUCUUAUCUCAUCCACUUGUUUCUCCUGUUUUGCAGCCAUCGCUAGGAGGCCUACCUCCUCUACAGAUUUUAAGCGGUGGUGGGGAGAGGCUACGAGACGAGCAGUUCUAUGUUGCUCACAAAGCAGCGAAUCCGACUGCUUACCCGCCCAACGAUGCUAUACUAGACCAGUACGACCCGAACCGUAGAACUCUUCACAAAUACCCCGGGACACAUGUCCAGCUUCAACUUUGGGAUGACCUUUGUCAUGUUGCGACUACUCUGAGCUUCACUCAUCCAGCGAAGUACAUGUUCCGUUCAAUUGCGCAAUUUGGAGCCUGGGCUCUCGCAUGUGCUCAGGAUACAGAAAUAGAUAUUGUGGAUGACACAGACAUUACGCCUACGUCGUCCAAUAGCUCGGACAGCCCCGACACAACUGCAGAUGUAACCCAACAAGGGGCUGUUGCCACUGUCGGCAAGGCUGGCGAUCCGUUACCUCCAUUCAAAGAGCAUAUGAUUCGUCAAAGGGUCGACAAAAGAGGCAAUAUUUAUCAUCUGGAACCCCAAUCUUCGUAUUCUGUCCUUCAAAUUCCAACUUCAGAGGUUGGUGCCAUCAACCCUGAACUGGUCAAGAAAUGGCUCGCAGGGAAACAGGAAUGGGACGUUAAGUAUGCUAAGGACAAGAUUCAUGUCCAGCGGCAGCGAGUCAAAGAACUAGCCCAUUGUUUUCAACAAGAUUUUGUUGGCGAGGCGCCUCCUCCCAGCUCCCUGGCGGCGAGAAGGUCAGCCCCUGGAGUUUUACCAUCGCGAAGUGCCCGGAAGAGCUAUCCCAUGACGAUGUGGAGCAAUUGGGCCAGCAGGCAUGAUGAGAGGAGCAUCCAGAGGGAGCACCGGAAGGAGAAAGGCGGGCAGCCCAGGAGGACCAGCGUGGAAGCUGGACGAGCCGGAGCUUGCAUGAAGGCAGCAGAAACCGCUAAGAGAACGAAUCAGGAUACAUGCGAUGAGACGAAGAGCAAGACCUCGUCCGAUACUCGGACCGAGGGGGAUACCUCUAGCAGGCCCAACAAUAAGCAUUUUAGUCCUAUGAUUGUCUUACCAGCAUACGACGAGAAGAAGUUCACGCAUGAGAACGCGAGUACACAAGCACUUUUCCACGCACGAGGAACUAUCCCAUCGGCCUCCGACCUAUCCAUGUACCGGACUAAGCAGCGGCCUGUGUCCCAAGCCGGGUCGGGGACAAUACGAAGCGGCAUCAAUUCUGAUGUUGCUGAUGACACUAGUACUCUCGGUGACAGGUCUCUCGCCAUAACCAACACCGGAAUCGAUGCUGCCAGUACUCGAGCUGUACGAAAUUCUGUUGGAGUCGUGGGCCUCAUAAAUGAUGGGGACUCGGCUUAUCGCUCUAUUGACUUUCAGUCUAGGCCUCGUGAUUCAGGUGAUCUCGAGACCACUUCUCUUGGUGGCUUAACGGACGGAGACAUGCCCCGCACGGUUUCUCGUCCUGGGUUGGCUGACCGAGACCUUUAUAAGACUGCACAGGAGUAUCCUGCAGCCUGAUAAACCUAUGAACGACUGCACAGUGAAGCUUUGCAGCGACGAUUUUAAACAUACACGACUCGAACAAAUAAGAUUUUUUUGGUUAUUAUUGUUUUUAGUGUACAGCACACU